AUCCACCGCUCCUCCGUCCGAAAGCACAAGCAAUGGAGGCGAAGCCCAUCAUCCGCGUCGUCGCCGUCUGCGGCUCCCUCCGCAAGGCCUCCUACAACAGCGGCCUCCUCCGCGCCGCCGCAGAGGUGUGCGAGGAGUGCAUCCCGGGGAUGCGCGUGGAGCACGUCGACAUCUCCGACCUGCCGCUGCUCAACACCGACCUCGAGACCGCCGACGGGGGGUUCCCGCCCGCCGUCGAGGCCUUCCGCGACCAGGUCCGCACCGCCGACUGCUUCCUCUUCGGCUCGCCCGAGUUCAACUACUCCAUCGCAACCCCACUGAAGAAUGCACUAGAUUGGGCUUCCAGAGGAAAGAAUUGCUGGGCAGACAAACCUGCCGCGAUUGUCAGUGCUGGAGGUGGCUUUGGAGGAGGCAGAUCACAGUACCAUCUCCGUCAGAUUGGGGUGUUUUUAGAUCUUCAUUUUAUCAACAAGCCAGAGCUAUUCGUCCAAGCAUUUCAGCAGCCACCUAAGUUUGACAGCGAUGGGAACCUUAUUGACGAUGAGAUCAGAGAGCGAAUCAAGCAAGUGCUAUUAUCCCUCCAGGCCUUCACACUCAGGUUCCAGAAGAAGGAUUGAUGCAACACAGGACCGUAUUAAUCUGCAUUUCUUCUUGGGUGUUUUGCACUGUGGGUAUUGUAUAAUAUGCCUUGUUUCAUGUCAUUUUUGCUUCACAUUCGGAUAAUGUAUUGUCAGGAGACUUAAACUGUAAUAAAUCGCCUGCUUCCUUGUUAUAGAAGGUUUAGUGAUUUGACAGUUUCCUUCUGUAAAGCAUUUUGGGGGUUUAUCAAACACCUUCUCCAAUUGAGUCCAGUAGUAUAUAAAUUUUAGAUUCUGUGUAAUUUUCUGACUGAGAUAUUGGGUUAUAUGUAUUUGAUGUGCUUAUUUUGUCC